AUUUGACGAAAAGGAGAGAGAAGCAUUUGAUCAAGUGAUCGUUGCAGAGCUGGUAAAAUGAAGGCAGUGCUGAGUUUGGGUUUGAUACUAUGUUUCAUUGGUUUGACUCGGACAUCCGUUGUGGCGCCUCGGGGUCCUCGACCUGUGGCAGCCAGAGAUCAAAUGCGAUCCAGACAGUGUUUGGAGCAGGCAUGGCCGAUUUGUACAGAUGAAGACUGGGGCCCCAAAUGUCCAUCUGGGUGCAGAAUGCAAGGAUUAAUCGAUGCUCAGAAUCAACAAAACGAAGACAGGAUGCGGGAGAUUCAACGAAUGUUGGACAUGUAUUCCAAAACAUUUCAGAAUACUCACAUUACUGUGACUGAAGCUGUCAACAGAAUCAGACAGACUCUAAACGGAAUUGGAAGAUUUGGGAACACCUAUCAAGAACUGGUGGAUCGUCUGAAUAUCAGGCUUAUGAACUUGCAGAAAAGAGUCGAUGACCAAAUUGACAGAGUAAACACAAUAAAAAACAAUAUAAUAGAACAAUACAAUGAAAUCUCAAGAUUGGAGGUUGACAUUGACAUCAAGCUACGAGCUUGCAAAGGAUCUUGCGCACAAUCAUUUGUUUACAGCAUUGAUAGAAAACAGAACGCACAAAUGGAGAAAAAUCUUAAGUCAAUGGCUUCUCACAGAGUGGAGAAGAUUCAACAUGGGAAACCAAUUCGGAUAUUCAAAAUGAGGGUUGUUAAGGACUCUGCAGUUUCCGGCAAUUAUAAAUCUCUUGAAACAAAAAUUGUGCCAGAAACAACGUUGUAUCCUAGUAUCUGGGAUGAAGCAGAUAAUAACAUGUUCAUCCUAGAACCAAAUACGAAUGAUCCAAGUGUUAGUGGAACUAGUAAUACCAGUAGUAGCACUAGCGCUAGCGCUAGCACUAGUACUAGUACUAAGACUAGUAGCAGUCAUAAAGGAGUCAGUGAAUUUUCAUAUCCAGAUCGAAACAUUUUGCAUCCAGAUAGGUCAUUUAGUGGAGUAUUCAAUUUCUCAUCAAACUUUGGCCAAGGUUCUCAAUAUGGAACACACUUUACAAACAGGUCUGUCACCACCAGAACAAUUAUUUCGAAAGAUGGUAAAAUUACUGAAACAGUCACAACAAUGGGUGAGUCUAGUCCUCUCCCUCUUUCAAUGGAUGUUUUACUUGCGAAACAUGGAAUAGUUGGUAGGACUAAGGGUCCUACCACAACUUUAACUAAGACAAGCACAUCUUCACAUAACUUAGAUGAUUUUGAAAGCUUACUAAAUCCUGGAGUAAAAUCAUCUGGGCAUGAGAGUGUAGUUCACACAAAAACAGUCACAACUACCGGUGAAUCAAGUGAUUUUGAAAACAUAGGAGACUUUUCCAGUUUAAGUCAUAGAGAUAUUUUGGGCAGACCAGAUGAGGCUAGUGGUUCAAGAAAAACAGUUGUUCAUGAAAGAACAGUUCAACACUGGUCCAGUGGUGGUAGUUCCAAGGGAUUCAAAGGUAUUGCAGAUUUUAAUCAUGAUGUCGCCCGUCUGUCUGAAGAUGAAACUGGAGGAAGUGAUCCAAGUAUUAAAACGUUUCAGAGGAAAUAGUAAUUAAAUGAAAAUAACACUUAAAAAAGGUUUGGUAAGUGUGACCAUAGUUGCUAGAAAUUGCUUAUUCUUUUUAUGUGCAGAAUUACACCACAGUAAAGAAAAUAUAACCAUGGAAUCUGGACAUUGUUUUCUGGAACAAACUGAGCCUUAAUAAACUAAUGUUUUACUUUUA